AUGGCUGCUUCACCGGCAUUGAUGAAAUCCGAUUCAAUAGCAGAUAACAUGCCAGAAGCGUUGAGGGAGAGAAGAUACCAAAUGAAGAGGUGUUUCGCUAGGUAUUUACAGCAAGGGAAACGGUUGAUGAAGCUUCAUCAUCUUAUGGACGAGCUUGAGAAAUCCAUUGAUGACCAUGCUGAAAGAACUCAACUCUUAGAAGGAACACUUGGUUACAUUUUGUGCUCUACCCAGGAAGCGGCUGUUGUUCCUCCUCAUGUUGCCUUCGCAGUAAGACCUAACCCUGGCUAUUGGGAAUACGUUAAAGUCAAUGCUCACCAUCUCACAGUUGAAGGCAUCACUGCAACUGAGUAUCUGAAAUUCAAAGAGACCAUAUAUGAUGACAAAUGGGCCACAGAUGAAAAUGCACUAGAGGUGGACUUUGGGGCACUGGAGCACUCUACUCCACACCUUACUCUGUCUUCUUCCAUUGGAAAAGGAAUGAAUUUUGUAUCAAAGUUCUUGAGUUCAAAGCUAUGGGCAGAGAAAGAGGCUGCAAAGCCUCUUGUGGAACACAUGCUGUCAAUGAAACACCGCGAUGAUAAAUUAAUGAUCAACGAGACACUGAACACACCAGCAAAGCUACAGGCCGCACUAGUUGUUGCUGAUGUGUUUCUUUCAUCAUUUUCUACCGAUACACCAUUCCAAAACUUCGAAUUGAGAUUAAAGGAGUGGGGUUUUGAGAAAGGAUGGGGUGAUACAGCAGCAAGAGUCAGAGAGACUAUGCAUUCUCUGUCUGAGGUGCUCCAGGCACCAGACCCAGUAAACGUGGAGAACUUCUUUGGCAGGCUUCCCACAAUUUUUAAUAUUGUGAUAUUCUCAGUUCACGGUUACUUUGGCCAAGCAAACGUUCUUGGCUUGCCAGAUACUGGAGGCCAGGUGGUUUAUAUUUUGGAUCAAGUCAGAGCACUGGAAGAGGAAUUGCUCAUCAGAUUCAAGAACCAAGGGCUUAAUGUAAAGCCCCAAAUUCUAGUGGUCACCAGGCUAAUACCAGAUGCUCAAGGAACCAAGUGCAAUCAAGAGCUCGAAGCAAUUGAGGGCACAAAGUACUCUAACAUUCUUCGCGUUCCAUUCAGAACGGAGAAUGGGGUCCUCCGCCAAUGGGUCUCCCGUUUUGACAUAUACCCAUACCUUGAGAAGUAUACACAGGAUGCCACAACCAAAAUCCUUGAGCUGAUGGAAGGAAAGCCUGACCUUAUUAUUGGAAACUACACUGAUGGAAACCUGGUAGCCUCACUCAUGGCAAACAAGCUUCAAGUAACACUGGCUACAAUAGCACAUGCCUUAGAAAAGACGAAGUAUGAAAACUCAGAUGUCAACUGGAAACAAAAGGAUUCCAAGUACCACUUUUCAUGUCAGUUUACAGCCGAUAUAAUAGCAAUGAACUCAGCAGAUUUCAUCAUCACAAGCACAUUUCAAGAAAUUGCAGGAAGCAAAGAAAGACCUGGCCAGUAUGAAAGUCAUGCAGCAUACACACUCCCAGGACUAUAUAGGGUGGCUUCAGGCAUCAAUGUUUUUGAUCCCAAAUUCAAUAUUGCUGCACCUGGAGCAGACCAAACUGUCUACUUUCCAUCGACAGAAGCACAACGACGGUUCACACACUUCCAUCCAGCUAUUCAAGAAUUACUGUUCAAUGAUAAGGAUAAUGAUGAACACAUUGGAUUUCUGGAAGACAAGAAGAAACCCAUCAUUUUCUCCAUGGCAAGGCUGGAUACAGUGAAAAAUAUUACUGGCCUGGUUGAGUGGUAUGGGAAGAAUGAAAGACUCAGAAGUCUAGUCAACCUUGUCGUUGUUGCAGGUUUCUUUGACCCCUCAAAAUCCAAGGAUAGAGAAGAAACGGCUGAAAUACGGAGGAUGCCCACAUUGAUAGAGAAAUACAGAUUGAAGGGUCACUUUAGAUGGAUUGCUGCCCAGACUGAUAAGUACAGAAACGGGGAGCUGUAUCGUUUCAUAGCUGACACACGAGGUGCUUUUGUACAACCUGCUCUAUACGAAGCCUUUGGUCUUACAGUCAUUGAAGCAAUGAAUUGUGGAUUGCCCACUUUUGCUACAAAUCAAGGGGGACCAGCUGAGAUUAUAGUUGAUGGAGUCUCUGGUUUUCAUAUUGAUCCCCACAAUGGAGACGAGGCAAGCAACAAAAUCGCAGACUUUUUCCAGAAGUGCAAGAAUGACGAUGAAUACUGGAAUACAGUCUCCGCAGCAAGUUUACAGCGAAUAUAUGAAUGCUACACAUGGAAGAUCUAUGCAAACAAACUGUUGAAUAUGGGCAACAUGUACACUUUCUGGAAAAUGCUGAACUGUAAAGAGAAGCUAGCAAAGCAGAGAUACGUCCAAAUGUUCUACAAUCUAGAAUAUAGGAAUCUGGUGAAAACUGUGCCUAUCCCGAGCUAUGAACUUCCGAAGCCAGUACCAAAGCCAAUAGUAAGGCCGCAGCCCCCCAAAAGCACCAGACGCCAGCAGACUCGGAUACAGAGGUGGUUCGGGGCUUAACUCAGUGCAUGACACGGUUUGAAAUUUCUCCAUUCAACACGUAUAUAGCUGUAUACAAACUUAUCUCGAAGCUGCUCUUAAUUCUUGUCCUCCUGGUUCUCCUCUUUGUAAUGUGUUGGACUCAUUUCUCAACUAACCAUAGUCAAAAGGCAUUGCCUUUUUGAAUAAUAAUACCUUGAUGUUCUUGUGAACACUCUUUGGAUGUUUCCCGACUUUGGGAUCAUGCACACAUGUAAUAUAUUUCUGAAACUAAAAGUACUGUAAAUAUAUCAGAAGGAUAUACUUCAACUACUACUUGGUAUAUGGAACACUCUUCUAUCUUCA